GGAGGAGGAGGAGGAGGUGGUAGCUGUCAAGAGUUUAAGGCCACCUACUUGAAGCUGGUGGUGGAGAGUCUGCACUAAAAGGCUUGGGCUUUGGCAGCACACGACAAUCCUGCCACCGAGCUCUCUUCACCACACAGCUGCUGCCUGCCGCUCCACGAGGAUGUUUCCCCACAAUUUCCCAGUGAACUGCAAUGGGGUCGUUGUCAUUCUGCUGCUCUUUUUAAGCCACUGUGCACGUGGGACUCUUCUUCAGAUGAAUACCCACUUGAAGGAGGGUAUGGACUGUGAUGGACUAGCAGGAUCCAGACAAGUGAUUGACAAAUGUGGGAUUUGUGGAGGAGACAACUCCGCCUGUGAAAUAAUUGCCGGCAUCUUCAGACCUACAGUCCUAUCCGUUGGAUAUCAUAAAAUUAUCGAAAUUCCCAAAGGAGCAGCAAAUAUUAACAUAACAGAAAUGGUUAAGAGCAGAAAUUAUAUCGCACUGAGAAAUCAACUCGGAGAGUCAAUCAUUAAUGGAAACUGGGCUAUCGACAGACCAGGCACUUUCAGUGCUGCAGGAACCGUAUUCGUUUACAAGAGACCCAACGAGAUCAGCAGUAAGGCUGGAGAGUCCAUAACUGCCGAAGGACCUACCAAGGAAGUGCUUCAUGUUCUCAUUAUUUACCAGCAGCCUAACCCAAGUGUGUACUAUGAAUAUAUCUUACCGAGGAAUGAUGUUGUUAACCUGCAACCUGUCUCCCAGUCUGACAUCCAGCCAUUUGGUAUCGAGCCUCUAAAUGGACAACUGGGGGUCUACACAACGCACGGGCAGAGGUACAUCUCACCCCAUGGAAACGGAGAGAACCUUGUUAAUGGUUUCGACGCUCAUCAGUUCUCUCAGGAGCCCUCGGCAUCUACGACUUUGCAGCCCUUUGGGUCUGAGCAUUUGGAAGACAAAAAAGAACGACGCAAUGCCUACAACUGGAAGUUCACUGGAAACAGCCGAUGCAGUGCUUCCUGUGGAGGAGGCAGACGAUACCCCAUUUUCAGUUGUGUAGAAAGAAUCACGCACAAGCAAGUAUCAGAAAGUCUCUGUGACAUGGCCAUGAGGCCGACACCAGAAGAGGAACAGUGCAACACUCAGCCAUGUCCGGCCUUCUGGGAUGUGGGUGAGUGGUCUGAAUGCAGUAAAACAUGCGGCCCGGGAUUCCAGCAUCGGCAGGUCAUUUGCAGACAAGUCUACGGCAAUCAAACCCACGCCGUCUAUGCCGCGCACUGUCAACAUUUGGAGAAACCAGAAACUGUCAGCACAUGCCAGCUGAAAAUCUGCAGUGAAUGGCAAAUCCGGACUGACUGGACCCCUUGUUCAGUACCCUGUGGAGUGGGACAAAGAACCCGAGACAUCAAAUGUGUGGACAAUCUAGGUGACGUUGUCCAUGAUGAAGAGUGUAACAUGAAGCUGAAGCCGGAGUACUCGGAGAACUGCGACGCCGGACCCUGUGCGAGGAGCUGGUUCAUGACCGAAUGGAGUGACAGGUGCUCGGCCGAAUGCGGAAACGGCAGCCAGACGAGAAGUGUCAUCUGCCUGAUGAAUCACAUUAGCAGCUUACCUCUCGAAGGCUGUGGCAAAGAGAAGCCGGCAGAAAGCAAGCUUUGUAACUUUGGCCCUUGUUACGAGAGAGCGGAAUGGUUUACGGGGCCUUGGGGACAGUGCUCUACAGAAUGCGGUGAUGGCACCAAAAGCAGAAGUGUGGUCUGUCUAAUUCAGUCCAACAACAGCUUUGAAGUGACUAAGCCUUCUGAAUGUAGUCACCUUGAGAAACCACCUACUGAGCAGCCAUGCCACCUGAAGAAUUGUGGAGCAAAAUGGUUUACCACGGAAUGGAGUGCGUGUUCCAAGUCCUGCGAUGGAGGCUACCGAGUGCGUGAAGUGCGUUGCCUUGCAGACGACAUGAUGCAGAGUACGAGUUGUGAUCCGUUCUUCAUGCCGGAAGACAGAGAGGACUGCAACCUCCAGCAGUGCAUGGAGGAAAUAGAUGAAAACUGCCGAGAUAUGUACUUUAACUGCAACGUGGUGGUCCAGGCCAGGCUUUGCAUCUACUCGUACUACAAGACGGCCUGCUGUGCGUCGUGCAGGAAAGUCAGCAGGAGGAACGGACGCAUAAGAAGACGAUAACCAGCCUGAGGACGAAAGAACGUGGACCGUUUUACAAAACAAAGUGCAUUCGAGCAAGGCUGGGGAAGGGGAAGGGGGGAAAAUUAUGAAGGCAUUGCAUGUUCUUUAUGCUUAUUUAAUUUGGCAGAUUGGGAAAGAAAGAAAGAAAGAAAGAAAGAAAGAAAGAAAGAAAGAAAGAAAGAAAGAAAGAAAGAAAGAAUAACCAUGCAAAUUCAUGGCUACCUUUUUAAAAUAAUUACUAACAGGCCAACUGAAAGAAAGAAAGAAAGAAAGAAAGAAAGAAAGAAAGAAAGAAAGAAUAACCAUGCAAAUUCAUGGCUACCUUUUUAAAAUAAUUACUAAAAGGCAAACUGAAAGAAAGAAAGAAAGAAAGAAAGAAAGAAAGAAAGAAAGAAAGAAAGAAAGAAAGAAAGAAAGAAAGAAUAACCAUGCAAAUUCAUGGCUACCUUUUUAAAAUAAUUACUAAAAGGCCAACUGAAAGAAAGAAAGAAAGAAAGAAAGAAAGAAAGAAAGAAAGAAAGAAAGAAAGAAAGAAUAACCAUGCAAAUUCAUGGCUACCUUUUUAAAAUAAUUACUAACAGGCCAACUGAAAGAAAGAAAGAAAGAAAGAAAGAAAGAAAGAAAGAAAGAAAGAAAGAAAGAAAGAAAGAAAGAAUAACCAUGCAAAUUCAUGGCUACCUUUUUAAAAUAAUUACUAACAGGCCAACUGAAAGAAAGAAAGAAAGAAAGAAAGAAAGAAAGAAAGAAAGAAAGAAAGAAAGAAAGAAAGAAAGAAAGAAAGAAAGAAUAACCAUGCAAAUUCAUGGCUACCUUUUUAAAAUAAUUACUAAAAGGCCAACUGAAAGAAAGAAAGAAAGAAAGAAAGAAAGAAAGAAAGAAAGAAAGAAAGAAAGAAAGAAAGAAAGAAAGAAAGAAAGAAAGAAUAACCAUGCAAAUUCAUGGCUACCUUUUUAAAAUAAUUACUAACAGGCCAACUGAAAGAAAGAAAGAAAGAAAGAAAGAAAGAAAGAAUAACCAUGCAAAUUCAUGGCUACCUUUUUAAAAUAAUUACUAAAAGGCCAACUGAAAGAAAGAAAGAAAGAAAGAAAGAAAGAAAGAAAGAAAGAAAGAAAGAAAGAAAGAAAGAAAGAAAGAAAGAAAGAAAGAAAGAAAGAAAGAAUAACCAUGCAAAUGCAUGGCUACCUUUUUAAAAUAAUUACUAACAGGCCAACAGAAAGAAAGAAAGAAAGAAAGAAAGAAAGAAAGAAAGAAAGAAAGAAAGAAAGAAAGAAAGAAAGAAAGAAAGAAAGAAAGAAAGAAUAACCAUUAAAAAUUCAUGGCUACCUUUUCAAAGUAAUUACCAAUAACAGAUCAUCUGAAUAAGAAAGAAAGAAAGAAAGAAAGAAAGAAAGAAAGAAAGAAAGAAAGAAAGAAAGAAAGAAAGAAAGAAAUGCCAAUAAUGUACUACUGACCGAUCCUUUCUAAGUGUUUCACACGCUGGUACUUUGAACUGUAAGAAGCCCGUGCCAAUCGCCGUGAGCCACGUCGCGCCACAUUGUAUCAGAGUCAGAGGUGUUCCUUGUCAUAUAAAAUAUUUUUUAUUUUAAAAUGAA